AUACUCUAGAAAAUCUUACUUUCAGGAACAGAGGGAGUAUUAUGUUUCGUAUGCUUUGUGUUCCCAAUGGCCGCUAGAAUUAAAAGUUUUUUAUCUUUUCUCGAAGAGAAGCUAGAAGGCCUUUAGCCUUUAGGGGAAUAGGUCACAUUUAAAGAGUCGUUGAUUCUCUCUUUUUUAAUGGAAACUUGAAUCAAAUUAAAAUAUUUGAGCAACUUAUCAUUUUUUGGGAAAUUGCACCAUUCAAAUUAAGGUUUUCCAUAUAUUGUAAGAGGAAAUGGUGUUCAUAGCCAUUACCGUCACCGGAGGGGUUUCUACUUUCCAGGUAUUUUCCUAUUCUAUGAAUAUCCUGAUUUAAAGAAGUAGCUUCGUCAACAAGCUGUCGAUGAGUUUGGUUUUAGUUCCUUGUCUUUAAACUUUGGGGGGGUUUGUGUACCACGCAGCUAGGACUUGCUUCGACAUUCUGUCGUUUCUCAUGACUGAAUUAUCUGUUUGGUUUAACACACAUACUCACAGUUUCACAUCCCUGGUUCGUUUUUAAUGUUUGUAGGCUUAGGUGUCUGGUUUGCGGCUUCUUGCUAAAUCAUGGAUAGGAUAAGUCAGUUGUCUGAUACUCUUCUAUUGCGAAUACUGUCCGAAUUGCCUACCGCUAAAGAUGUUGUGGCGACUAUGGUUUUGUCAAAACGUUGGCUUCCUCUGUGGAAGUCAGUGCCACAUAUUGACUUCGACGACGAUAGCUAUGAAGACACUGAUACUGGAAGGUUUUCGCGCUUUGUUGACAGGUCUUUGAUUCUGCACAAGGCACCGAUUGAAACUUUGCAUUUCGAACUUAGUCAAACUUCUACUGUCGCUGAUAUUGGAAUAUGGAUUGAAAUGGCUGUUCAACGCCAUGUGCGAGACUUGAGUAUCAAUAUCGACUGUACUUCCAGUACAACUCCAGUUACAGUUCCAAGGAGUUUAUACACAGGCUGUGGAAUGCUUGUGAACUUGAAUUUAACGAGUGUGACUCUUACGGAUGCUUCUACCUUGCCUUCUUUCUCAACCCUCAAAUAUUUGUACCUUGUAUUUGUGAAGUACCCCGGUGAGGAGUUUGUCAGGAGGCUUUUAUUCAGUUGUGGUGUUCUUGAACAUUUGUAUGUGGAACAAUGCUUUGAUGACAAUGUUACCAUUUUCACAGUUAAGGUUCCUUCCCUCAAGAGUGCAAUUUUGCAUAAAACACAAGACAGAUACAUUGAUGAUGAAGAUGGAUUUGUGAUAGACGCUCCUUCUUUGGAGCUGUUGGAUGUUUAUAAUAUUACAGGCGGGUUUUGUACCAUUGAGAGUGCUAUGCCUAAUAUUGUUAAAGCAAAUGUUAUCGUUAAUCAUGGUCCUUCCGAAAUUCUGAGUGCUAUUACUUCAGUGAAGCGCCUUUAUUUAUGUUUACCAUCAUACUCAAAGGAUGCAUAUCCUGUUGGUAGUGUCUUCCACCGUCUUGUGUGUUUAAAAAUAUGCACAUCUGAGAUAGAAUGGUUCAAUCUACUUAUGUGUGUACUCAAAGAUUCCCCUAGUUUAAAAGCCCUCAAACUAGAGCUUUUUUGCGUUCGUGAUGAAGAACAGCGCUCCUGUUGGAAUGAACCGAGUUCAGUUCCUGCAUGUCUGUUAUCGAGUCUUGAAACUUUUGAAUGGGUAAACUAUGAAGGAACCGAAGAAGAGAAAGAAGUAGUAGCAUUCAUAUUAAGAAGUGGAAGAUGUUUGAAGAAGGUGAAUAUCUCCUCGGAAACCACGACUCCGACUAGAAACCUGUCAGCUUGCACUCGUCUCAAGCCAUGAUCACAAGUCCGAUCACAUAUAUGCUUAUUAAUAUUUUUGAUAUCUUUUUCUUAUUCAUAUUAUUUGAGGGUUUUGAAUUUUUUAUUGUUCUUGCUUUAUUGAUCUAUGCCUAUUAGAAAAUUCUAAUGAUCCAUGUCUUCUUCAUCAUAUCCACAUGAUAAAGUCAAAGUCUACUUCUAAAGCAUACACAUGAAAACAUGGACCCUGGUUCCUAAACUUGAGUUCGAUCUUGAAUGUGGAAGUGCCUCGGAGUUCGUUAACAUGUCUUUGCUAUUGCAUAGGGCUCCUGUUCUUGAAGUCUUUUCUUUAAAAGUUGAUAUGUUUCAAUUUUAAUCCUCUAGACAUUGGGGUUUGGGUUAGAACCGCGGUUGAUUACGAACAUGUUCGUGAGCUAAAACUUGACUAUUCUGCCAGUGAAGAUCCUAUCAGACUACCUAGGAGCUUUUAUACUUGCCAAACACUCCUUGUCCUAAAACUUAAAACGCAAGUAUUGUCGGUUUUUCUUCCUCGGUUUGUUUCCAAUCUCUCAAGAUCUUACACCUUCUAUUGGUGACAUACUCAGAUGAGAAGUCUCUUGAAAUCAUUUUAUCAAUCUGCUCUAGUCUCCAAGAUUUGGUGGUGGAGUGUUGGCUUAACGACAAUGUCUUCAUUGCCACUAUUAAUGUACUCAUACAUGUCAAGUUGAUUUCGACUGAAAACAUUCUCUAUCGAAUGAACAAUCAUUUUCUAGCAUGUGUACAUGUGUAAUGAUUGAUGUUCCUUUUUUAUAGUUAUCGCACAUAGUGAUUCAUAAAGAUUAAAGACUCUCGCUUUCUAGGGCUUUGUUCCACUACGUUUUUACUCUUUAGUUAUGUUCUUGCUUGUCACUAUUCUUCAGUUCUUGAUUACUCAGAAAAGCUGGAUUAUUUGGAUCCAUUUGGUUGACUAAGUUUGGAUUUGGUUUGUGGGUGUGAAAUAUGAUCAAUGCUUGGUUUAUACAAAGUCCGGUAAAAAAUUUCCUAUACGUGAGCCUUGGGGGUCAAGUCUCAUCGAGGAAGAGAUCAUGUCGGCUUAUACAUGCCUACUAGAAGAAACGUUUUAAUAAGGUGACAUUCUGUUGUUUGACGUUUCUAUAAAGUCAAUUUUUUUUACA